GGACAAAAUGAAUUAGGAAUUAAACGCUUUCUAGCAGGCUUAACGAGGACAGUCAGUUUGAUAAGGAUUAGUACAACAAAGGAAGCAUCUAUAACAUUUAAACAUGACUCAUGGGAGGAUAUUUCUUGAGAAAGUUUUGAUUAAGGACUUCUGCCAUCACAAUGUUUGCAUUUUUGAAACAUUGUUUCAAGCUGACAUCAAACACUCUACCUCUUUUGAGAAAUCUCGGGUGUUGAACUAUGUAGAGGACUUUAAUAGUUCCGAGGCUUCUCUUAAAUUCAAGUCUGUUUUAGUCAACAUGAAGGAUUAUUUUCAAACUACUACGAUUAAUGACGUGGAUUCGCUUUCUCGCUUUUUAAUUAAAGAAUUUGAAAGAAUCUUUAUCUCUUUUUUGGAUGUGCGAGACUUUUUGGAUAAAACUCUUAUUGUGACAAUGAAAGAUGCAGAUCCAAAGGUGCAUUUUUCGGGAGAUGAUGUUAUGGGUAAUCAAUGCCCUGUUUCACUUUUUGGCCAUGCUUCAGAGAAUGAGAAGAGAGAUCUUAUUUCUUCACAUGAGGAUCUUUGGGACUCUGACACAAAUCAAGAUAUUUGUUAAAAACUCGGAUGGUCACGCAAGAAAAUUGCUUGCCAACACAGAGUUUGAACACUCAAAUGAAACUGUACAAGAAAAGGCAUCACGAUCACUCAUGAGGACCUAGAUCCCAAUUACAUAUGAAUCUUGGAAGACUUGAUUGAGCUGUUAAAGACUAUAGGGAGGGAUUUGUUAUUGUACUAUGUGAUGGUCUUGUUGGUUUGUUUCUUUUGUGUACUCUCUUUUUUUCAUUUUGUUUUAUGUUUCUCUCCUGAUGUACUUUUUGUUACCAUUUGCUU